UCAACUCUAGCACCAUUCCUGAUUCCCAGAGUAUCUGGCACAGACAAUAACAAGAAAGUACAGCAGUUUAUUAUCCAAACGUUCACUGAUUUAGGUUGGCAUAUAGAGCAAGAUAAAUUCACUGAUGAUACUCCUUAUGGCAAAAAAGAGUUCAACAACAUCAUCGUUACCAAAGACCCUUUGGCCCAAAGUAGGCUUGUACUGGCUGCUCACUUUGACUCCAAGUUCUUCAAGGAUUUUGACUUCAUUGGAGCUACCGAUUCAUCAGUCCCUUGCGCGAUUCUAGUUGAUAUUGCCAAGACUACGAACCAACUGUUGCAGAAUAAGAUCCAAUCAAACGAUCGUUUCAGUACCCUUCAAAUGAUCUUUUUUGAUGGAGAAGAGGCCUUGGUAGAAUGGUCUGAAACAGAUUCUAUCUAUGGAGCUCGACAUCUAGCUCGCAAGUGGUCUGAAACGCAUAUCCUUGCUAAAUCUGACCCCAUCCAAGACAUGCUGAAUCAGUUUAGUAAUGGAGGAAGCUACUAUACAACUCCUAUAAAUCAAAUCGAUGCCAUGAUUCUCUUGGAUUUGCUAGGCACUGCGGACAUAACUAUUCCCAAUACCCACCCUGAAACAAGUUGGAUCUGGGAUCAGCUGGUCGAUAUUCAGAAAAGAUUAGCUCAGGAAAAAAUUCUAUCACCAGAUCUAAUCAAACGAAUCAAUAAUCCUCUCGAUCAAGGAUUUUUUUUACCUGGACUGUCAUCAUUUUUGACGCCUGAAAGUAUCCAGGAUGAUCAUGUUCCGUUUUAUCGUCUUGGUGUUCCCAUCGUGCAUUGCAUUCCUGUGCCAUUUCCAAAGGUUUGGCAUACGAAACAUGAUGAUGCCAAUGCAAUUUCUGCCGAAUCUGUUCAUGAUUUGGCUUUAAUUUUCCGAACUUUGGUAGUGGAGUAUUUUGGACUACAUGUUCCUGAUGUAUAG